GACUGCUGCAGCCGCCUUCCUGUAGCCCGGUUGAGGAAGUGAAUUUCGCUGACAGGGCUGGGUUCACAGCAGAGAGGGAGAGGCGAACAAAACAUCUUCCGCGGGGGGACCGAAAAAAAAGAACAACAACAACAUCAAAACAAGAGACGAGCGGAGCCGAUCUGAUCGAUCCAAGCGCAGCUAAGGCGUACAGUCAUCGGAUAAACCGAGCUCCCCCGCCCCGCCGAGACAGCCGUAGACAUGAGUGAACAGCAGCUGGACUGUGCUCUGGACCUGAUGAGGCGUCUGCCUCCUCAGCAGAUCGAGAAGAACCUCAGUGACCUCAUUGACCUGGUGCCCUGUCUGUGUGAGGACCUCCUCUCCUCUGUGGACCAGCCCCUGAAGAUCGCCCGGGACAAGAUGGUGGGGAAAGACUACCUGCUCUGCGAUUACAACCGAGACGGCGACUCCUACAGAUCUCCGUGGAGUAAUAAGUAUGACCCUCCCAUUGAAGACGGUGCGAUGCCCUCAAACCGCCUGAGGAAACUGGAGAUUGAAGCCAAUAACGCGUUCGACCAGUACAGAGACCUGUACUUCGAGGGUGGCGUGUCCUCCGUGUACCUGUGGGACUUGGAUCACGGCUUCGCUGGAGUUAUUCUCAUCAAGAAGGCCGGCGACGGAUCCAAGAAGAUCAAGGGCUGCUGGGACUCCAUCCACGUGGUGGAGGUUCAGGAGAAGUCCAGCGGUCGUACUGCCCACUACAAACUCACCUCCACCGUCAUGCUGUGGCUCCAGACGACCAAGAGCGGCUCUGGCACCAUGAACCUCGGCGGCAGCCUCACAAGACAGAUGGAAAAAGACGAGACGGUCGGAGAGUCCUCACCCCACAUCGCCAACAUCGGCCGCCUCGUUGAAGACAUGGAGAACAAGAUCCGCUCCACACUGAAUGAAAUCUACUUUGGGAAGACCAAGGACAUCGUUAACGGCUUAAGGAGUGUUCAGACUCUGGCCGACAGGUCAAAGCAGGAAGCUCUGAAGUUGGACCUGAUGGAGGCGCUCAAGAAGAAACAGAGCUGCUAGAGAUGCUACCGUUGUUUUUCUCCCCGUGUCUCUCUCUCUUUCUCUCUCUCUUUCUCUCUCUCUCUUUCUGCCUCUCGCUCUCUCUCUCUCUCUCUCUCUCUCUGCCUCAUCUCUUCUGUUUCUUUUCAUCUCUUCCUCCAUGCCUGUUUCAGUGCUGCACUCGUUCUUUUGUGGAAUAACAAAA